GACAAUCUGUCUCAGAGAGGUUUGGAGUCGGGGAAGCCCAGUAUGGGAGGUGGGAUAUCGCGAAGGCUUCAGCGAUGUCCUGGGGAGGUGACCAGGCCCGAGAGACAAGAUCCCGCUCCGGUCUCCGACGGAGGAGAUUGUGAGACAUGGUAGGAAUUGAAACGACGAGUGAAGGGGUCCUGGGGAGUUUAUAAAAUAGUGGGGGAGGCCUGAAGUCGCCGGGUGGGGUUACUGGCCGCCAUCUUUGUGAAGGCGGCGCUUGACACUGGUUACCCGGGUAACCGGCCGCCAUCUUGGUAAAGGAAAGGCGCGCCGCACUUUGCGGGGAAAUCAAUGAGAGUCUCUGAUCAGGAAGGAAACCCUGGCAGAGGUGGGCGGGGAGGAUUCACCACCACCCACUGGAAAACCCCCGUCUCUGCAACCCCAAAUCAAACUCGUUGAUUUGAUUCUCAGUCUGCAGACCGAGGCUGGAGAAUUGAAACUCGACGGAGGGAGAAAACUGGGACUGGAGGAAAGCGAUGGGGAGAUGGAUUUGGAUUUCAGUCCAAAGAGAAAGGAGGGGCUGUGGAACUGAGAUUUACUGAUUUGGGGAACAAGAGAGGAAAAUAAUGUUCCUUACAAACUUGAACUGACUUCUGAGUUUCUAUCCGACGCUGACCGUGAUGACUUUAGUAAACUCCUUAUGCAGGAUAAAUGAAGAGAAGUCUUCGGGGAUAUGAAACACAAAUCAAAUUUCCCGCCAGGGUCUGGUUGACUCAUGCAAAUCAUCACGACCUGAGUACCUACAGCCUCUGAAUGUGGAAGGAGAAAUGUUUGUCCUGUCUGUGGGAAAUGAUUUCAAACAUUGGUGUGAGUGAAGAGAACCCAGUGAUAGACACGCACACCUGAGUGUGUUCCAGCGAGCAGUCUGGGGGAAGAACAUUCCACAUGAGGGCAUUCAAAUGAAUUUCCUGUGGAAAGAACUUUAACCAGUCAAGAAGAAUGGGAAAACAUUUGCAGUGGGGAGAUACUAUGAUCAAUCUGUGUGCGGUCAAGACUUCAAUUGAUCGCCCAUCCUGAAGAGAUACAAAGAUGACAUCCCCAUGGAGAAACAGUGGAAAUAUGAGGAUUGUGGUAAAAGAUUCAAUUAUUCAUCGCAGCUGGAAGUCCAUGGACAAAUUCACACUGGGGAGAAGCCAUUUACCUGUUCCGUGUUUACAGGAAGGUAUUCAAGCAGGCAAUGAAACUCACGUCAUAUUAAAGAAUUCACAUUGAUGAGAGACAUUUACCUGUUCAGAGUGUGGGAAGAGAUUUACACAGACAUCCUGCCUCGUGUUACACCAGCGGAUUCACACUGUGGAGAGGCCAUUAGCUGUACUUUAUGGUACGAAAAGAUUCAUGUCUUUAUCUGACCUGAAUAUACACCUAUGAGUUCACAGUGGGGAGAAGCUAUUUACCUGUUCUGUGUGUGGAAAGAGAUUCCCUCAUUUGUGUGGCCUUCAAUCACACUGAGCAGCAACCAUUCAGCUGCAUGUCCUGUGGAAAGAAGUUCAGACAUUCAUCUGCCCUUGUUGAACACCAGGAGUUCACUCUGGGGAAAAGCCAUUCACCUGCUCUCUGUGUGGGCAGUGCUUCACUCAGUCAUCCAGUUUGCUGAGACACCAGUGAGUUCACACUGGAAGUAAGCCUGCACUUUCUGUGGGAAAGAUUUCCGGCAGUCAUCCACCCUCAUUGCACACCAGCAAAUUCACAUGGGGGAGAAACCAUUCACUUGCCCUGUGUGUGGAAAUUAGUCUCGCCAACUAAUUCACACGAGGAAAAGCCAUUCAGUUCUACUUCCUGUGGGAAGCAUUUCAGGCGUUCAUCCUUUCUACUUGCUCAGCAAUGAGUUCAAUCCGGAGAGAGGCUGUUCAUCUGCUCUGUGUGUGGGGGAAGCGAAUCACUUGGUCCUUUCAACCUAUUGACACUUAAGCGAGUUCACAAGUGAACCUGAAUAACUAGUAUACUGCAGCAGUUUGAGGAAACUCACCACCGUAUUGUCCAGGGCAACUAAUGGUGGCCCAGCCAGUGAUUUCCAUAUCCUCUGAAAGAAUUGGAUUCUGCUGUUGUUGUUGUUGAUCACUUCCAGGAUUGGCAGUCUGAGAAUGUUAGAUUUGUUUCUCCCGAUGUGAACACACCUUUAACUGGAUGGAUUUUGGUAUUCUGGAUUUGUUCCUGAUUUUUGAGACUGCAGUGUCCCUUUUUAAAAGUGCCAACUGUGAUCCUGAAUUCGAGAAAUGUGUUUGGAGGUGGGGAGGGAAUCGCAUGUCCUGUGGAAGGGAAACACAAAAAUCAUCAAUUUCCAAAUAGAAAGCUGACAAAGGAGAUAAUCAAAAAAGCUUUGUCCAACAAAUCUCCUCGGCUCAACUGUUUCAUUCAUGCUGUUUAUUGCACAGAUUGACAGCAUCACAUCUGACAGCUUUAGGAUGAAGAACGAAGUAAAAUCAGUUGGUGUCGGGGUCCCUGCUUAGUUUGGCAUUUUCUUCUUCAUUCUGUCAACCUUCGCUUUCCCCACUGAUACAAGAGAGUUUCCCUGUAUCCCGGGUCAGACAGUGAGUUCUACAAUCAAUCCAGACUGAAAACGAAGACAGAACCAAACCUGUCUUUGACCAGAGGAUUCUCCUGUCCUAUACUGAUGACAGUGCGCUAGUCGCUUUCACAAACUGGUCGACAAAGGCUCGUGGACUCUCUGCCCUAUGUCGCUUGCUGUCCCUGGCCAUAAGUAUCAACGCAUCCAUGCCAUGAUUGGGCUAAAGAACAUCCUGUUUGAAGUGGUUAACAACUUCUGUGAUCUUGAGCCUGUGAUGAGGUCAUGUCUCCUUGAAGCAGAGCUCAGUACACAUGUACGGAAAGGAGUGAGCACCUUUGGACAUCUCUUGAAUUGCACAGCAAAUAACCUCGAGCUAACUUGGAGCACCAAAAUGUUGGUUUCUGAGGCCUACGCUCUCAAAACCUUGUUGUCAGGAAUUGAAAAAAACAGAUGACUCAUAGCAAUUGUCAUGUAAGGGAUUGAAUCGAGGUUAUUGUACGGGUUGAAAUAAACAUCGCAUCAAAAUCUGACACUGACUCUUCUGCAGGGCCUCAAAAUCGCGAGCCUUUGACUGCAAAAGGAGAAAUGUUGUGGCUGUGGAACGUGAUUGAACAAACUCUGCGACACACGCACACACUGCAGUGAGAGUGUUCCAGUGCAUCGUCUGUGGAAAGAAAUUUAACCAUUCAGUCAGCCUGAAAAUACAGUGCAUCACUUACAGCAGGGAGAAACUGUUCAUAUAUUCUGUAUGCAGACAUGACUGGAUAAUUUGUUGGCAAUCUGGAGAGAGACAAGGACAACAGCACUAUGGUGAAAACAUGGAAAUGUGAGGAGUGUGGGAAGUGAUUCAAAUUUCCAACCCAGUCAGAAACCCAUCAAUGCAGUCACACUGGGCAGAGGCUGUUCACCUGCUUCAAGUGUGGGAAGGGAUUCACUCAACUAUUCAACACCUCACAUGAACUCAUUCACUCCUGCAAGAGGCCUUUUAAAUGUUCCAACUGAGAAAAGCUUUAAAAGCAAAGAGAAUCUGCUACCGCACCAAUGAGUUCACAAUGGGGAGAGGCCAUUCCCCUGCUCUGAGUGUGGGAAAAGAAUCACUCAGUUAACCAAUCUGGUAAUACAUCAGAGGGUUCACACUGGGGAGAAACCCUUCACUUGCUCUGAAUGUGGAAAGACAUUAACUCAGUUUUCCAUCCUUGUUACACACAAGCUCGUUCACACUGGAGAGAAACCAUUCAUCUGCUCCAGUUGUGGGAAGUGAUUCACUCAUUCACUCCUCCUGAUUGAGGCAUGAGCAAAUUCACAAGUGACUCCAGGGAUGAAUAUUGAGCAGCUCACCAGAGAGGAAUUACUUGCUCUUCAGAAUAACAUUUUGGGAACUUAUACACCCAAUUGAGAGGGCAGAUGAGGCCACAGUUGAACGUUGCAUCCAAAAUAUGUGAAGAUGAUCCGUUCAGGACAACAGACUCACACGCAGGCGCAGUGAGGACAGUAUGUGGAGCAUGCGCAAUAUCACAUUGAUCAGGGCUGUGAGGGACAUCGAGCUUUUCUUUCCAGCAGCUGCGAUCUCCGGCACAAAGGGGAGCAAGGGUGUCGGUGUGUGGCAGCUUGUAUGGGAGAGCUGAGGGGAGAGACUUCAUGAACACCUCUUCUGGUCGCAAACAUUGAAUAAGAACCUCCAGGCCUCGCGUUAGGGAAUCGCCGUCUUUAUCCCGGGAAAAGGCCCAGAUUGACGUCAUCCAUAUUGGGUUUGCAAAGAGGAUGAUAUGCAGUCACGAAACUGAAACCAAACACCACAUCAUGAUCUGAUGGAGUCACCCAGUUUAUCACAACCAGAGUACCAACAGCUUUUUGCCAUGGAAGGGGAAAGCACCGUUCAAGGUGGGGAGAACAAAUACACGUGUUCUGUGUGCAAAAAAGACUUCAGCCAAUCAACUGGGCUCAAGAAGCACAAAUGCAGUCACACUGCAGAGAAACCAUGGAAAUGCGGGGACUGUCAGAAAGGGUUCAGUCACCACUCUGCACUGAAAAUUCACCAACGCAUUCACACUGGGGAGAGGUUGUUUACCUGCUCGCUGUGUGGGAAGGGAUUCGCUCAGAUUUCCACCCUGCUCACACACCAGCGAGUUCACACUGAGGAGAGACCUUUUAAAUGUCCAGACUGUGUGAAGUGCUUUAAAAGUUCUGGUGAUCUGAUGUCUCAUCAACGUGUUCACACUGAGGAGAGAAGGUUCAGAUGCUCUGAUUGUGGGGCUGGUUUCAAAUGGUCAUCCCAACUCACUGUUCACCAGCGCAUUCACACUGGGGAGAGGCCAUUCACCUGUUCUGAAUGUGGGAGUGGAUUCACUCAGUCAUCUCACCUCAAGGCACACCAGCAGGUUCACACUGAGGAGAGACCUUUUAAAUGCCCAAACUGUGCAAAGUGCUUUAAAAGUUCCAGCCGUCUGCAGUCCCAUCAACGUGUUCAUACUGAGGAAAGACCUUUCAAAUGUUCAGACUGUGGAAAAUGCUUUAAAAGUUCUGGGGAACUGAUGCUCCAUCAACGUAUUCACACUGAUGAAAAACCAUUUAGGUGCUCUCACUGUGGGACUGGAUUUAGGAGAUCAUCACAACUCACUAUACACCGGCGUCUUCACACUGGGGAGAGGCCAUUUAUUUGUUUUGAAUGUGGGCAGGGAUUCAUUCAGUUCUCCACCCUGUUGACACACCAGCGAGUUCACACCGGGGAGUGGCCAUUCACCUGCACUGAGUGUGGGAAAGGAUUCAUUGAGCCAUCUCACCUCAAGGCACACCAACGAGUUCACACUGAGGAGAGACCUUUCAAAUGUCAAGAUUGUGGGAAGUGUUAUAAAAGCUCUGGGGAGCUGAAGUUACACCAACGUAUUCACACUGACGAGAGACCAUAUAGCUGCUCUCUCUGUGGGUCUAGGUUCAGAUGGUCAUCUCAACUCCAUGCACACCAGCGCACUCACACUGGAGAGAGACCUUUCACCUGCACUGAGUGUGGGAAGGGAUUCACUCAGAAAAUCCACCUCCUGACACACCAGCGAGUUCACACUGGGGAGAGACCAUUUAAAUGUACAGAUUGUAGGAAGUGCUUUAAAAGUUCUGGGGACCUGAUACGCCAUCAACGUGUUCACUCUGAUGACAGGCCUUUUUCAUGCCCAGACUGUGGGAAAUGCUUUAAAAGUUCUGGGGAACUGAUGCUCCAUCAACAUAUUCAUACUGAUGAGAGACCAUUCAGGUGUACUCACUGUGGGACUGGGUUCAGACGAUCAACUCAACUGACUGUACACCAGCGAGUUCACACUGGAGAGAGGCCAUUCAUCUGCACUGAGUGUGGGAAAGGAUUUACUCAGAAAUCCCACCUCAUGGCACAUCUGCAGAGGCAGCAGCGAGUUCAUAAGUGAUUUCAGGAGCUGUGUUUUUCUGUUAAUCACAUCGAGGUCUCAAGGAUUUUCACUGGUGUCUUUUGCAACUGAUGUUGAAAAAUCCCAGUCCAGUUUUAUGUGAUAAAAUAUUACAGAUAAAGAUGUAUAGUUGGACUUCCUAUUUAACAUAAUUAGCUGAAUCUACUUAAUAUCCCAAUGACCUCCUUUUGAAUAUAAGAUGUGCAUGUAAAUGAAUAAUACAGUAAUAAUGGGUGACUUCCAUUUCCAUGCAGAUUGGGUGGAUCUAAUUAGUAUGAAUGUUGUGAAGAUGAAUUUCUGUCAUGUGUUCAGGACAAUUAUGAAUCAGGCUGUUUUAUAUUCAGUAUUAUGUAAUUAGAAUGGAUAAUUAAUAGUUUUGCUGUUCAAGAGUCUGGGAAAUAUUGACCAUAAAAUUGUUGAAUUUUUAUCAAGUUUGAAAGUGUUAGCUCAUUCUGGAAUUAGGGUGACAAAUCUGAACAGUAGAAACUGAAGUUUGAAAGUGGCCAUGAUGGAUUGGCAAAAUACACAAAAUGAUUUCAAGAAGCAUAUCAAGGCCUACAAUAAUUAUGCAUUCUUCUCAGCCACAAAUACACAGCAAAAAAAUGUAUCCACUGUGGCUAAAGAAACAAGGUAAAAUUUGCAUUCAAUCAAAAGAAAUGGCUCGUAAGGUUGCAAGAUAAAGUGGUAAAGCAGAGUUUUGGAAAAAAUUUAGAACCCAAUGAAGGAUGACCAAAAAAAACUGAUAAAGGUGGAAUAGAGAAAAUGCACAGAAGCUCAGAAGAAACAUAAAAGUAGACAGUAAAAUUUCCUUUGAUGUGUAAAAUGGGAAAGAUGUAAAAGCCCACUGAAUUGGCACCCCAACUAUCACCUUCAACAUACACACCCUCAUAACUGCCACACAGUUAGAGUUACGUACCAGCUGCAAGAUGCAUUGCAGUAACUCAUCACGACUCCUUUGACAGCACCUUGCAAACCUGCAACUUCUACCAUCUCGAAAGACAAAAACAGCAGAUGCAUGGGAACGCUACAUACUGCAACUUCUAUCCCAACCCAUAGUCCAUCAUAACUUGGACUGGAAUCACAGUUCUUUCACCAUGACUUAAUCAAGAUCCUGGAAUUCUCUUCCUAACACCACCGUGGAUACCCCAAUAUCCCAAGGACUGCAGACAUUCAAGAAGACAGCUCAUCACCACCACCUCCUACUGUACAGUCAGGAUGGGCAAUAAAUGCUGACCUAGUCUUCAACAUCCACAAAUCAUAAACAAGUUAAAAAGGAUCGGAUUGUUACUUCACUGAUAUUGAGUAUUUAUAAAGGAUACUGUUGGGAAAAUAGUUUAAAUUACUGUUUAAGAUCCAUCAAAAUUGAUAUACAUGCA